AUGACUGGCAGGUACAAACCCGACGUAGUCUGGUCCGACGGAGAGUGGGAGGCCCCAGACAGCUACUGGAACAGUACUCAAUUCCUCGCCUGGCUCUACAAUGAGCCCGUCAAGUCCAGUGUGGUCGUCAACGAUCGUUGGGGCAAGGGACUGUGCUGCAAGCACGGCGACUUCUAUAACUGCGACGACCAUUACAACCCCGGGGUCCUGCAGAAACACAAGUGGGAGAACUGCAUGACCAUCGACAAGUCCUCUUGGGGAUACAGGAGGAACGCCAAGCUCAGCAACUAUCGCACUGUCCAAGGGCUCAUAAGGGAGCUGGCCAGCACCGUGAGCUGCUACGGCAACAUCCUCAUCAAUGUCGGACCCACUAAAGACGGCAUCAUCGAUCCGAUAUUCGAGGAGAGGCUGCUCCAACUGGGCAUCUGGCUUGGUGUGAACGGAGAAGCAGUCUAUGGUUCGAAGCCCUGGAAGCACCAGAAUGACACGCUCACCUCGAGUAUCUGGUACACGGCGAACAAGGCGAACGACACUGUCUACGUGUUUGUCCUCAAAUGGCCCAAGGCAAACAAGCUUUACCUAGGAUCACUCGACCUGUCACCUUCCGCGAGCAUCACCAUGCUGGGUCUAGGGAGUGACCAGUUUGAAUGGCAUCAAAACCGAAGUAGGGAGAAUUCUGUUCGGGGAAAACUGACGAUCGUUUUUCCGUCACUCACUCCCGACCUGCUUCCGACGCCCUGGGCUUGGGUGCUUAAAGUAAAAGGAGCCAUUUAGGCACUUUUGCCAGAAAGAUGCCUCCAGUCGUUCCCUUGACGAGAGGAUCUGUCAGCGUAUCUGCUUGCGUUUAAAUGACGUUAACCAAGUACUUACUUGACGACGUUUUUCUUCCACUAGUACACUCCAAUGUAACCAGAAUACAUACUCGAUCAGUCGAUCGAUCGUUAGGCACC